CUGUUGUAUUCUGCGACACCAGUUUCCGGUGUGGUGCACGUUCGUGCCUCCCUCGCAUUUCUCUCUGUGUUGGAUUUUGUUGGAGUGUAAAUAUCUUCACAACUGGUUGAGACUCGGUCACAACAUUUUUACUGAAGGAGGAGAGAACAACAAACCGCAAAGAUGCCGCGAAUUAUGAUUAAAGGAGGCGUCUGGCGCAACACCGAGGAUGAGAUCCUCAAGGCAGCGGUGAUGAAAUAUGGGAAAAACCAGUGGUCUCGUAUCGCCUCCCUGCUUCACCGAAAGUCUGCCAAACAGUGUAAAGCCAGAUGGUAUGAGUGGUUGGACCCCAGCAUUAAGAAAACAGAAUGGUCCAGAGAGGAGGAGGAGAAGCUGCUUCAUCUGGCCAAGCUGAUGCCCACUCAGUGGAGGACCAUCGCUCCUAUUAUUGGACGCACGGCUGCCCAGUGUCUGGAGCACUACGAAUACCUGCUAGACAAGGCAGCGCAAAGAGACAAUGAGGAAGAAGUGGGAGACGACCCCAGGAAGUUAAAACCAGGAGAGAUCGACCCUAAUCCUGAAACUAAGCCAGCCAGACCCGACCCUGUCGACAUGGACGAAGACGAGUUGGAGAUGCUGUCAGAGGCCAGAGCUCGACUGGCCAACACUCAGGGCAAGAAAGCCAAGAGGAAGGCCAGAGAGAAACAGCUGGAGGAAGCCAGGCGGUUGGCGGCUCUGCAGAAGCGCAGAGAGCUGAGAGCAGCUGGAAUCGAUGUUCAGAAGAAGAGAAAGAAGAAGAGAGGAGUCGACUACAACGCUGAAAUUCCCUUUGAAAAGAAACCGGCAUCGGGUUUCUAUGACACCAGCAUGGAGCAGUACGUCCCUCUGGAGCCAAACUUCAAACGACUCAGACAGCAGCACUUGGACGGAGAACUACGCAGUGAGCAAGAAGAGAGGGAGAGGAAGAAAGACAAACAGAAGAUCAAGAAGAAGAAAGAGAGCGACCUCCCUUCUGCCAUCCUGCAGACCAGCGGAGUCGCCGAGUUCACCAAGAAACGUUCCAAACUAGUUUUACCUGCACCACAGAUCAGUGAUGCUGAGCUGGAGGAAGUCGUCAAACUGGGCGUCGCCAGCGAGGUCGCCCGCCAAGCAGCGGAGGAGAGCGAAAGUGGAAACUCGGCCUCUUCGGCCCUCCUGUCAGAAUAUAGCGUCACCAACACCAUGGCAACGGGGCUCCGGACCCCACGUACCCCAGCUGUUCAGGACAGGAUACUGCAGGAAGCUCAGAACCUGAUGGCUCUGACUAACAUCGACACGCCUCUGAAGGGAGGCCUCAACACUCCGCUGCACGAGAGCGACUUCAGUGGAGUGACUCCUCAGCGGCAGCAGAUACAAACACCCAACACUGUUCUCAGCACACCGUUCAGAACACCUGGACAAAAUCAGAGCCAGGAUGGAAUGACUCCUCAGUCCGGAGGGAUGACCCCCCGCGGGGCCGUGACCCCUGGCGUGACCCCCGGCCGCACGCCGCUGAGAGACAAACUGAAUAUUAACAGCGAGGAGCAGCUGGCUGACCCUGCGUUCGCCAAACACAUGCAAAGAGAAAGCCUGCAGCAGCUGAGGCAGGGCCUGCUGUCACUUCCUGUUCCCAAGAACGACUUUGAGAUCGUUCUUCCUGAAAACGCUGAGAAAGAGCUCGAAGAAACGGAGACGGAGACGGGAUUCACAGAGGACGCAGCAGACGUAGAGGCACGCAAACAGGCUAUACGAGACGCAGAGCGAGAGAAGGAGCUGAAGCUGCGACACACUUCAGUUCAGAGGGAUCUCCCCCGACCCACAGAGGUCAACGAGUCUGUCCUCCGUCCCUCCUCCAUGGAGCCGCUGUCGGACCUCCAGCUGGCCGAGGAGCUGAUCAAACAGGAAAUGAUCACCAUGCUGCACUACGACUGCCUGCACCACCCGUCGGCCAACGCGGCCAGUGCGCUGCAGCGCGGCAAAGGCAGAGGCCCCGCCUCUACAUCAAACAACGCUUCACAUAUAGCUUACCUGGAAUCACACUCUUACAAGCCAGUCAGCACAGAGGAGAUGGAGCAGGCAAAGGGAGUACUGGCAGCAGAAAUGGAGGUGGUGAAGGGAGGAAUGGGUCACGGUGAUCUCAGCAUGGAGGCCUACAGCCAGGUGUGGGAGGAGUGCUAUGGCCAGGUUUUAUAUCUUCCUGCUCAGAACAGGUACACCAGAGCUAACCUGGCAUCAAAGAAAGACCGUAUCGAAAGCCUGGAGAAAAAACUGGAUGUGAACCGUGGUCACAUGACAGCAGAGGCCCGCAAAGCAGCUAAACUGGAGAAGAAGCUCAAAAUCCUGCUGGGAGGGUUUCAGUCCAGAGCGCUGGGGCUCCUGAAGCAGCACAGUGAACUCUGGGAACAGGUGGAGCAGUCGGCUACAGAGUUGCAGACCUUCGAUCAGCUCAAGAAACAAGAGGAUACAGCCAUUCCCAGGAGACAAGAGGCCCUGAGGGAGGACGUGGAGAGGCAGAUGGAGAGAGAGAGAGAACUGCAGCAGAGAUACGGAGAGCUGCUGAUGGAGAGAGAGGCGCUGAUCAACAGCGCUCAGAAAUACUGAGCAACACGCAAAUCACACAUUCAUGCUACAUUCAAAUCCUCCUCAUGGAGACGUUGAAAUCAAGCUAACAGCUGCUGCGAGGAACACAAACCAGUUUAUCGCCCCUCCUUCGAUCUGUCGCAUUGAAUCUUUGUCAUUUUUCAUGUUCGCAGCAAUUCCAGAGUCAAGCCCCGCCUCCGUGUGCACACGUUGCUAUGAUGUCAUAAGCUGAGUUUUGAGCUUCCUCAGUAGUCCCUUGUGUUUCUGUAUUAGUGACCAAUAAAGUUUCUUUUCAACAAUGACAA